CUCCAUUGUAUUGAAAUUUACGCUUGUAGUGCUAUUUUCUUGUGUAGUAAAAUGAUUAUAUUGAUAUAAAGCUGAAUUGAAGUAAAUAAAAUCAUGGCGAGCCCUUCGCCCCCAAAGCAGCCCUAUGCCGCCUCCUCAGGCUCCAAGUCCUAUGGGACCACCCUCACAAAGUCCGGCACCACCGCCUUCUCCUCACAGUCCUUACAGCCAAGGUCCUCCACCACCGCAGCAACAACAGCAACAAGGGCCUCUGCAACAGCAGGGGCCACCUCCACAACAAAUGGGACCAAAUGGAAUGGGACCGCAAGGGCCACCUCCAAAUGGAGGACAUAUGGUUCCACCACAUCCACAACAGUUCGGAGCUCCUCAGCAUCCUAAUAUGCCACCAGGUCAUCCUGGCGGUCCAAUGGGUCCGGGACAACCUCAUCCAGGAAUGCACGGCAUGCCGCCUCAAGGACCACCUAUGGGCUAUCAUCCGAUGCCUCAACAUCCUAAUCAGGGGCCAAGUCCAGGGCCAAUAGGUCCACCACCUCCACAAGGACCUCCUCAAGGUCAAGGUCCGCCCAUGCAGCACGGUCCUCCGCCUCCGCACCACCAGCAACCGCCUCCCGGAAUGCCUCCAGGACCACCAAAUGCACCACCUCAACAACAGGGACCGCCAGGACCUCCUGGACCAGGGGUUCCACCUCAGCAACAAAUGCAAGGACCACCGAUGCCACCACAAGGAGGUGGUCCUAUGCCUCCACAGCAGGGCGGCGGACCGCCUCCUCCUCAAGGGGGCCCUCCACCACCGCAGGGACAGGAGAAUUUGAGCGCUUUGCAGAGGACUAUUGAUACUAUGGAGGAGAAAGGAUUACAGGAAGAUCCACGUUACGGUCAACUUCUGGCCUUGCGAGCUAAGUACGGUCCACAAGAUCCUUCAAAACAACCUUUCAGUCAGAAUCAGCUCGUGCAAUUAAGAGGUCAAAUAAUGGCAUACAGAAUGUUGGCCAGGAAUCAACCAUUGAACCAGCAACUUUUGUUAUCCGUCCAGGGUAAAAGACCAGACGGAGUAAAUCCUCCGCAAUGUCCGACACCUCCAAGCAGCCCGUUUCAACCUGGACAGUCUGGACAACCUCCGGCACAGGGUCCGCCACAGAUGCCAGGUCAACCUCCAAACAGCCACCAGCCUCAAAUGAUGCAACCAGGAAUGCCUCCUCAGCAAAGAAUGAUGGGACCCCAUCAGCCGAUGGGACCAGGGCAACAACAAAUGGCACCUGGACAACCAGGAGCACAGCCUGUGGGACCCCCGACACAAAAACAGAACAGGAUCACCACUCUUGCUAAACCUGUCGGGCUGGACCCUGUUUUGCUGCUUCAGGAGAGGGAAAACAGAGUUGCUGCACGCAUAGCUCAUAGGAUUCAAGUUUUGAGCAACUUGCCGACGACUAUGCCGGAAGAUUUGCGCCUACAAGCUCAAAUCGAGCUUCAAGCUUUACGUGUCAUCAAUUUCCAAAGACAGUUGCGCAGUGAGGUUAAUAUGUGUACAAGACGUGACACGAUGCUGGAAACUGCUGUUAAUGUUAAAUCUUACAAAAGAACCAAACGUCAAGGUCUGCGUGAAGCCAGAGCCACUGAAAAGUUGGAGAAACAACAAAAAAUGGAAGCCGAAAGAAAACGAAGACAGAAACAUCAAGAAUUUCUUUCUUGCGUACUGCAACAUGGCAAAGAUUUCAAAGAAUUCCAUCGUAACAAUGUUGCAAAGUUGGGUCGUCUCAACAAAGCUGUUAUGAAUUAUCAUGCUAAUGCUGAACGUGAACAAAAGAAGGAACAGGAACGUAUCGAGAAAGAACGUAUGCGCAGGCUUAUGGCUGAGGACGAAGAAGGUUACAGAAAACUUAUCGAUCAGAAGAAAGACAAGCGUCUUGCAUUCUUGUUGUCACAAACUGAUGAGUACAUCAGCAAUCUUACGGAGAUGGUCAAGAAUCACAAAAUGGAGCAGAAGAAGAAACAGAUUGAGGAGCACAAGAGGAUCAAACGGAAGAAGAAGCGCAAGAUGAUUGAAUCUGGUGAAAUCGAUCCUGAUGAGAGCUCUCAGGCAUCAGAUACAAGAGUGUCGGUGAUUGAAAUCAAUACUGGAAAGACUCUGAAGGGCGAAGAGGCUCCUAUGCUCAGUCAGCUGCAUGCAUGGCUCGAAAGUCAUCCUGGAUGGGAGAUUAUCGAUUCUGACUCUAGUAGUGAUGAAGAAGGAGACAUGGAAGGAGAAGCUAAAAAGAAAGAAGAAAAGACAGAUGAGGAGAAAGCUAAAGAGGUUAUCACGAAAGCUAAAGUUGAAGACGAUGAAUACAAAACUGAAGAACAAACUUAUUAUAGCAUUGCGCAUACUGUUCACGAAAUUGUUUCUGAGCAAGCAUCUAUUAUGGUUAAUGGUAAAUUAAAGGAAUAUCAAGUGAAGGGUUUAGAAUGGCUUGUGUCCUUGUUCAAUAACAACUUAAAUGGUAUCUUGGCUGAUGAGAUGGGUCUUGGUAAAACUAUCCAAACGAUUGCUCUCGUCACAUACUUGAUGGAGAAGAAGAAAGUCAAUGGACCGUUCUUGGUUAUCGUGCCGUUAUCAACUCUCUCGAAUUGGUUGUUGGAAUUCGAGAAAUGGGCCCCCAGCGUGGCCGUGGUCUCCUACAAGGGCUGUCCAGCCGGUCGACGCGCCAUCCAGAGCCAGAUGCGCGCCACCAAAUUCAAUGUCCUUCUCACCACCUACGAAUACGUUAUCAAGGAUAAAGGAGUCCUAGCCAAGUUACCCUGGAAGUACAUGAUCAUCGACGAAGGUCACAGAAUGAAGAACCAUCACUGCAAAUUGACUCAAGUCCUAAACACCCAUUACUUGGCACCACAUCGACUUCUGUUGACCGGAACACCUUUGCAGAAUAAGUUGCCCGAGUUGUGGGCUUUGUUGAACUUCUUGUUGCCCAGUAUCUUCAAAAGUUGCUCCACAUUCGAGCAAUGGUUCAAUGCUCCCUUUGCUACCACAGGAGAAAAGGUGGAAUUGAACGAAGAAGAAACUAUUUUGAUCAUCAGGCGUCUGCACAAAGUGUUACGUCCAUUCUUACUUCGCAGACUUAAAAAAGAAGUCGAAUCUCAGCUUCCUGAUAAAGUUGAAUAUAUCAUUAAGUGUGAAAUGUCCGGUUUGCAAAAAGUACUUUACAGGCAUAUGCAGAGUAAAGGUGUUCUGCUUACUGAUGGUUCUGAGAAGGGAAAUAAGGGCAAAGGUGGAGCUAAGGCUCUGAUGAAUACCAUUGUCCAGUUGCGUAAACUUUGUAACCAUCCUUUCAUGUUCCAACAUAUCGAGGAGAAGUUUGCUGAUCAUAUGGGGUCUACUGGAAUCACAAACGGUCCUGAUCUGUACAGAGUUUCUGGUAAAUUUGAGUUGCUCGACAGAAUUCUACCAAAAUUGAAGUCGACUGGACACAGAGUUUUGCUUUUCUGUCAAAUGACACAAUGUAUGACCAUUAUCGAAGAUUAUUUGAUGUGGAGACAGUUUCAUUAUCUAAGAUUGGAUGGUACAACGAAAGCAGAAGAUCGUGGUGACCUUUUAAAGAAAUUCAACGAUCCCAAAUCUGAAUACUUCUUGUUCUUGCUCUCCACUCGUGCUGGUGGUCUCGGUUUGAAUUUACAAUCUGCUGACACCGUUGUCAUCUUUGACUCUGAUUGGAAUCCUCAUCAGGAUUUGCAAGCUCAAGAUCGUGCCCAUCGGAUCGGUCAAAGAAAUGAAGUGAGGGUUUUACGUCUGAUGACAGUCAACUCUGUCGAGGAGAGAAUUUUAGCUGCAGCCAGGUACAAGUUGAACAUGGACGAAAAAGUCAUCCAAGCCGGUAUGUUCGAUCAGAAAUCAACUGGAUCAGAGCGUCAACAGUUCUUGCAGAGUAUUUUGCAUCAGGACGAAGCUGAUGAAGAGGAGGAAAAUGAAGUGCCGGAUGAUGAAAUGAUAAACUUGAUGAUUUCAAGAUCCGAAGAGGAAUUGGAAAUCUUUAAAAAGAUGGAUGAAAAACGCAAAGAGGAAAACAAAGGUGGCAAGAGUCGUUUGAUUGAAAUUUCAGAGUUGCCGGAGUGGCUGGUUAAGGAAGACGAUGAGGUUGAAAGAUGGACCUAUGAUGAAAAUGAAGAUAGCAUUCUUGGAAGAGGUUCACGUCAAAGGAAAGAAGUUGAUUACACGGAUAGUUUGACCGAAAAGGAGUGGCUCAAGGCCAUCGAUGAUGGAGCAGAAUAUGAAGAAGAGGAAGAGGAGGAGGAAGAAAAGGAUCUGAAGAAGAAGAAAGGACGCAAACGAAAAAACAGAAGAAAUGAUGAUUCGGAAGGCGAAUCACCAGCUCCCGCCAAACGCAAACGAGGUCCCCAGCCAUCAGGAUCGAGUAGCAAUUCUGGAAAAUCAGCAGACCAAGUUUUGAGGAAACAGAUGAAAAAGACCAUGAACACUGUCAUCAAAUACACAGACGGUUCGGGAAGAAUUCUGAGUGAACCCUUCAUGAAACUACCGUCCCGCAAGGAGCUGCCACACUACUAUGAAAUAAUUCGUAAGCCAAUGGACAUCAAAAAGAUUAUGCAACGAAUUGAAGAGGUUAAGUAUGCAGAUUUCAACGACUUGGAGAAAGAUUUCACACAGCUUUGCCAAAAUGCCCAAAUCUACAAUGAGGAGGACUCGUUGAUUCAUAAAGACAGUGUGGUGCUACAAGCUGUGUUUGCUAACGCUCGACAGAAGUUUGAGAACCAAGAUCAGAGCAAUAGUGGAAGCGCUUCAACUUCCAGAGUUGCUACACCCGAUAGUGAAAAUGAAGAUGAUGAUGACAAUGCCUCAGAUGCCGACUCUUCUGUCAAAAUGAAAUUAAAGCUGAACAAAACCAAGAAGACACCAGGACGCAAAAAGAAAAUCUCAAAGAAGUAUGCCAUCUCGGAUGACGAUGAUGAUGAAGUAGAUUAAUUGUAACAUUAUUUUUAAGUAAGAUUUUAAUUAAAUAUGUAUGUAUAUUUUUUGGGAGUUAGUAAUAAUGGAUAGAUUAAUAGUAGUAGGUUUUAUAAGUUAGAUGGACAAGUAUGCAGAAUUUUACUAAAUUUAACGAGCCUUUGUGGCUAUUUAUUUUAAUGGAAGGAUGAUAUUUAAUGAUACUAAUUGAUUGAUUUUAUU